AUGUAUCCAAGUGUAUUGACAUCUCUGCUUCGAUCAACAUGUCAUAAAAGAGCAUCGUCUUUGUUAAGAUAUCCAAAAUCAAUAACUCAUUUCAAAACAUUUGCUACAGAUGCCAAAGAUUUCACUAUACCAAAAACACGCAACAUUGGCAUUAUUGCGCACAUUGACGCAGGCAAAACAACGACAACGGAAAGAAUGCUUUAUUACGCAGGUGUCACCAAGCGUAUUGGAGAUAUUGACGAUGGCGACACAGUCAUGGAUUAUUUGGCUGCAGAAAGGGAGCGAGGCAUUACGAUCAAUAGUGCAGCAAUCACAUUUGGCUGGAAGGGCCACCGAAUCAAUUUGAUUGAUACACCUGGCCACGUCGACUUUACGAUGGAAGUAGAGCGUUCUGUCCGUGUCUUGGACGGUGCUGUCACCAUUCUUGAUGGUGUGGCUGGUGUUGAAGCUCAAACAGAGACAGUUUGGAAACAAGCAGACAAGUAUAAGAUCCCUCGAAUUGCAUUUAUCAAUAAGCUCGAUAGAACAGGUGCCGCAUUUGGACGAACGGUACGUGAGAUCUGGAAGAAACUGCUUACACGGCCACUCGUACUGCAAUUGCCAGUCAUGCAUGGGGAAGAUAGAGGGCUUAAGGCCGUUGCAGAUUUGGUAACAAUGGAAGUUAUCGAGUGGGAUCCCACGCAUGGUGAUGGAUCUGUGAUGCACCGUAAGCCAAUAGAGGAUUCUGUGCUUCUGGAAGAAGCUGUGCGUGGCCGAACCGCCUUAAUCGAAGCCUUGGCCGAGAUGGAUGAGAAGAUUAUUGACGCCUUCUUUGAUGAUGCGGGUGGAGAUCAUCUGGCAGUGACACCUGAGGCGAUCAAGGCUUCUAUCCGAAGAGUAACGCUUGAUAACAAGGCAGUGCCUGUUUUGUGUGGAGCAGCCUUUAAGAAUCUCGGUGUUCAACCUCUACUGGAUGCUGUUCUCGAUUACCUUCCUAGUCCCCUCGACCGACCUCCUGCUAUCGUGACGGACGGUCGUGGCAAGACGACUAGCGUGCCACUGUCUGAAUCAGGCAAGCUUUACGCCCUGGCUUUCAAGGUCACACAUGAUUCAAAGCGCGGUCCUAUGGUCUAUGUCAAGGUUUAUUCAGGUAAAUUAAAUGCACGUGCGACACUAUUCAACACAGCCACUCGCACCAAAGAAAGAGUCAACAAGCUGCUACAAAUGUAUGCUAAAGACGUCGAAGAGAUUCCUACCAUCGGAAGUGGCAAUAUCGGUGUCAUUGUCGGCUUGAAAGAUACACGUACAGGAGAUACUUUGGUCCAGUCCAACGAUUCAACAGCAAUCAAAUCCGGUCAUCAGCUCGGCAGUAUCGAAGUACCUCAUCCUGCCUUCUUUGCAGCGAUCGAACCCGCCUCUGUCUCAGAGGAGGCUGCUGUUGAAGAAGCUCUAAAGAAUCUCGUACGUGAGGAUCCAUCCUUGCGUGUCUGGACAGAUGAGGAAAGCGGACAGCGAUUAGUCAGUGGUAUGGGUGAACUUCAUCUUGAGAUCGUCAAGGAUAGACUGUUGAAUGACUUUAAGGUCAAGGCUGAGAUGGGCAAGAUGAGGAUCAGUUACCGUGAGACCUGUCAGGGAGAGGCUGCCGUGGUUUCUGAGUAUGAUAAAGAAGUCAUGGGUAAACGCGCCAAAGCAGCUUGCCGCGUGGAGAUUUCACCUACAGAUGAUGAGGAGCCUGAGGAAGGAUGGUUUAGUUACGCUGGUAAUUUGUUGGCAACCGAUGUGUCACUCAAGCAAGACCCAGCUACAGAGCAACAACAAGGCGACUCUUCAUUAGAUCCAGAAGACGUCAAACAGGCAGUUCAAAAUGGUCUCUAUGCUGGCAUGGCUCGUGGAGCCUUGUUAGGUUUCCCUCUGACGAAGCUCAAAGUCAAGGCGUACGACAUUCGAACAUUCGGCCCUGAGACAACCUUGGGUGCAAUCUCAGCCUGUGUCUCUAACGGUGUGUAUGAUGCUGUCAAGAAGGCAAAUCCCUGCUUACUCGAACCAAUGAUGGAAGUCUAUACCGAAGUGAAUGAGAACCAUAUAGGCACUGUCGUCAGUGAUUUAAGCGGUACACGUAGAGGUCAUGUCAUGGGUCUAGAGUCCUCAGAUGCACUGGAUACAGAGAAUACAGAUCAUGUUGAAGUCUAUGCUCCUAAUGAUUCUCUCUUAAUCAAUACGCAAGUCGAUGAAUACAAACCGAAGCAGGUCAUCAAAGCGCAUGUUCCUUUGAGUUCUAUGCUUGGUUAUUCAAGCGCACUUCGCAGUUUGACAGGUGGUAGCGGUUCUUUCUCGAUGCGUGUCAUCGGGUAUGGCGAAAUGAGUAAAGACAGAGAAAGAGCAGUUAUUAAUGAAAUGAAGGGAUGGUAA